AUGGUUCUCGCAAAGUCCAAGAAGUCGGUCGGACUCGGCAACACGUUGAUGAACGAUAGGUUCGGCAAGGGAAAGGGAUCCGACCGGAAGCGCGUCUCAGCAGUCACUCGUAUCGACCAUGCGACCGGCAAGGAAUACAUCACGAACGACAAGCAGGAUGCUGCCUGGGUCAAGAUGCGCUCCAUCACCGAGCAGGGCGCUCUCGACGAGUUCCUGGCCACGGCUGAGUUGGCCGGAACCGACUUCACCGCCGAGAAGAUGAACAACGUCAAGAUCAUCCACACCGACCAGCGCAACCCUUACCUCCUCUCCGCUAAGGAGGAGCAGGCAGUGCUUGGAAAGCAAAGGGCGAACAAGAGCCGUCUUACGGUACCCAGGAGGCCGCAAUGGGACUCUACAACCACUCGCGAUGAGCUCGACCAGAGGGAGCGUGAGAGCUUCCUCGAGUGGCGCAGAGGGUUGGCGGAACUCCAGGAGACCCAGGAUCUGUUGAUGACACCUUUUGAGCGCAACCUGGAGGUGUGGAGGCAACUGUGGCGAGUCAUCGAGCGGUCCGAUGUGAUUGUCCAGAUUGUCGAUGCCAGAAACCCUCUUAUGUUCCGUUCCGAAGACUUGGAAGUCUACGUGAAAGAUGUCGAUCCCAAGAAGCACAACCUUCUCCUGAUCAACAAGGCCGAUCUGAUGACAUACAAGCAAAGGAAAAUGUGGGCGAACUACCUCAAGGGCGAGGGUAUCGACUACAGGUUCUUCUCGGCGCAAUUGGCCAAGGAGAUGAUUGAGGCAGGUGGAUAUGCCGACAGUGAUGAGGAUUCUGAGGAUGAGAGUGAUGCUGGCGAGGGUCCUUCCACGAAGGAGGAGACCCCCAAGGCCGAGGAGAAGGCAUCCGAGGAGAAGGAGGAGGCCAAGGAGGAGGAGAUCACCGAGCAAAACGACCCUGACACGCACAUCCUGCGAGUCGAUGAGUUGGAGGACAUUCUUCUGCAAUAUCAACCAGAGGGUCAAGAUCGCAAGCUCCAGGUCGGUCUCGUCGGCUACCCCAACGUCGGUAAAUCCUCCACCAUCAACGCUCUCAUUGGCGCCAAGAAGGUGUCCGUCUCCUCCACUCCCGGCAAGACCAAGCAUUUCCAGACCAUCCACCUAAGCGACAACGUCUUGCUUUGCGAUUGUCCCGGUCUCGUCUUCCCCAACUUUGCCAACACCAAGGCCGAGCUCGUCUGCAACGGUGUCCUCCCCAUUGACCAGCUGCGCGAGUACACUGGCCCUGCCGCCCUCGUCGCCCGCCGUAUCCCUCAACCCUUCCUCGAGGCCGUGUACGGUAUCAAGAUCAAGACCAGGCCGCUCGAGGAAGGCGGCACCGGUAUCCCCACCGCCGACGAGCUUCUCGACGCCUAUGCCCGUCACCGCGGUUACAUGACGCAAGGUCUCGGUCAGCCCGACCAGUCUCGUGCGGUCCGUUACAUCCUCAAGGACUACGUCAACGGCAAGCUCCUCUACUGCGAGCCGCCUCCGGGCAGCGGCGUCGACGGUCCCGAGUUCAACGCCGAGCUCUACGAUAUGGCCCAUCUGCCCGAGAACCGUCGUGUGGCGAUGUUGUCGGCGCUCGAGGGUGCCGACAUUGACGACACCGCCACGCUCACCUCGGAGAUGACGGCGCUGGCGCUCCCGCAGGGCCAAAAGUCCAAGAAGCUCGACAAGGCCUUCUUCAAGUCCGGCGGCAACGGCGGCCACAUUCAGCAGGCUUUCCACCAAAAGUACUCGCAGCAGGGUCAGGCGCAGAACAUGGUGAAGCACAUGAGCGGUCGCAAGCUGAGGGCGCUGAUUGCGGCGGAGCAGGGCGUCAAUGUCAAGGAGGUGCAGAUGGAGAUGGGUGGUAAGAAGCACUUCAAGGGCGGUAUGGGGUUGAAGGGCGGUAAGGGCAAGAGGAGAGCGGGGAGGAGUGGAAACAAUGAUGACGAUGAUUGAGUGUACCGUGCUCUUUCUUUCUAUGUUAUCAUCUUUUUCUUGGUACGGGUCUGGGUUUAGGAUCAUGUAUGGGAUUCGGUUCUGUUUGAUUUGAGGUUGAAUACCAAUUGUCGUUCUGGCAGUAAAAGUAUAUUCGUCUGUGAACUUAUCCUGUAUGGAAUGGAAUGUCACAGUCAAAGAAUAAGGGCUCCAUCCUCCGCCUGGAUGGUAAAUGUUCCCCACUGUCAAGCAAUCAACUCAUUCAGAAAAGGCGUUGUGGAAUUCGGAUAACUGAGUAGGCGUUGAUGAAAUCAUUUGUGUGGUUGAAGGCAUUAGCUAUAUCCAAUUACUCCCAU